AUGGUUUUAGAUAUUAAUCAAUGUUGUUCUACUUGGUGGAACGAAGUCUUAAAAAAAGUUAAAAAGGCAGUUGUAUUCAUUGAUAAUGCAGCUGCCGAAAGUUUUCAUUGGAAUGCAAAUUUAAUAGAUUUUUACACAGCAGGAGCAGAAAGUGUUAAAGCAUUUUCCCCUUUCGAAAGUGCCACAAAAAAAUUUAAGAAAGCAGUUUUUAUAACAAGUGCAUAUGGUAGCAAUAUUGAAGUUCUUAAAAUUAUUAUUGAAAGCAGUAAAUUUGAAUACUGUGUUUUAAUAACUACUGCUCAUCCAUUUGUUUUGUCUCGAGAAAGAUACAGUAAUGAAACAGCAGAUAAUGAAAUGCAAGCUUUCAAUUUGCUGGAAAAUGAAAUGCUGAAAUGGAUGGGAAAUAUGGAUUAUACAGCGGAAAUAUUCUAUUUUCCUUUAUUUAUUGCUCCUUUAACUAAAAAUUUCUUUAUCACACCAGAAUUUGAUCAUAUGUUUCCACCAUUGCAAAAUCUUUCUGAUGUACAGCAAAAUAAAGAUAUUCAAACAUCAAUCAGACAUCUUACAGCUUUAUUGCACAGUCUUUUCGGAAUAAUGGGUUUAAAGGAAGAUAUUUUUUCUUUAGGUGAUUUUAGUGCUAUUGUAGCUUCAAUGUUGGAAAACUUUUCACCAGCAGCUAGUAGGAGAAAGAAUGCAUCAAACUCAGCUACUUUAAUUUUUAUUGAUCGCACCCUGGAUUUGAGUUCAGCAUUGUCGCAUAAUAGUGAAUCAAUAUUAGAUUGUAUAAAGUUAAUUUUACCAAAAUUUCCUGGGCAUAACUUAGACGUUGCAGUUGAUAUGUCAUCAAUAUGCAAAGCAAAUGUAGACAAUAAUAUAUCUGAUGAUAUUCAAUUGGCACCAGGAUGUCUUGCUCAACCUACUGAACAAGUUAGUAGAAAUAUGAUGGAAUUAUUAAUAACUAGCAAUCAAAAAAAAGUUUUAAGUCAAGUUUAUCAAAAUUUAUCAGACAUUAAAUAUGCAACAGCUGUUAAAAGUCCCCCAAGAAUAACAUUGCACACAAUAGAAAAAGCUAUGAAUUCUCUUGGAGAUGAUUGUUAUUUAAAUACUACGGCAUCUGCUACUUUGCAACAAACUUUGGCUAUAAUUAAAACUAUUAAAUCACCACUAAUGCCAAUAAUUCAAUUGAAACUGAGCUUGGAGCAAAUUAUUCUUCAAAAUUUGGCUGCAAGUAAAAAUUCUACUAGUAUAUUAUUGCAGCUGUGCCAAAUUAUCAAAAGUCGUGAUAGCAGAGGCUUAACUCUGGAAGAUAUUUUUUGUUUACUACUUUAUGUUUACUGCUUAGCUGGUUCUGACAUAUCGUUUUCUGAAACACAAGAAAAUGAAUUAUCAGAAUGCCUGACCUCAGCAUUGAGUGACUGGUCAGAGGAGUUAACAGUGGACAAGGAAACAUUUGCUGAAUUUAUUAUAUCAAAACUUAAAAUAGCUGCUAAAGCUAGAGAAAAUUUAACAAGGUAUAAAUCAGUGGUACACUCUGCAAAUAAAAGUCAACCAGCUGAAUUCAAAAGCAUUUUGGAACAACUUAUGGAAGACUUAUUAAAUCCUUCCAAACCAGAAAUGAUUGAUUUAGCUUCAAAGUCCAUUGGAAUAACAGAUCUUUUAAAGAGCAGUUUGAGCUUGCUUAUUAAUAAACCCAAGAAAAAUAUUCAUCCUGCUGAUAACGAUUAUAUAAUAAUUUUUGUUGUGGGUGGAAUAAAAGCUCAUGAAGUAAAUUUGUUACAAAAAAUGAUGAAUAAGGAACAGAAUAAGAAAUUAUUGAUUGGUUCUACAAAGCUUAUAACUCCAAUAGAUGUGAUAAAUACUGUGUUAGAAUUGAAGGAAAGAAAAUCUUAA